CUUUGCUGAGUCUUAACACAGGUCUUGUCAUUCAUGCCCGCUUCCUUCGGCCUCUUUUCUCUUGUUAACUAUAUUUUAAAAUUGGCAGCGUCGGGGAGGAUGUUGGUGAGUACAAAACUCACAUCAGACUGAAUGUUGUGAGAUGUGAAAAAGCUUCACUGAGGGAAAAUAUGUUCUUGUAUGAUCGGGAAAUCCAAAACAGAACCACCAUGAAAGGCUUUGACGGGGUCAAAGGUCACUCGUGGCACACGUGUACUCUGGCCCCACACUAUACUUCUAUGGCCAGUUACCUGAAAGGAGCAGCCAUUUUCAUUGUCGACCGUUUUAUGGACUGCCAAGGAUGGAAAGUCCCCCCCCCCCCCCCGGCCCCCAUCUUUUUUCAGUUCCUUUGUGUGCACACGAAGAGCAUGUUUGUGCAGAGGUGCGGGUUCUUUCCGUGAACCAAUCGCAUUGCGGCUGACACAAGGCAGGAAGGAAAACGCUUCGUGCAGCCAACCAAUCACAACGAAACCACUGCAGGAAGUGAGGGACAGACUAUGAAGACUUCAAACCCACUCCGCAGAAUUAAAAGAAGACACAACUGAUUGUUCUUCCUACUUUGACCUUCUGUACGUCCACCAUUGGCAACCUGGUCUACUUUUUCUGUCUCUUCUCUCAAAACGGACGCCCCCCCCAACUCUUGCUAUUUUCCACGAGAUAUUCGACCACCACCAAACUUUGUGAGGUAAAAAAAAACAAAACAAAUCAUGCUGCACUGGGAUUUGCUACCACCGGCAUGUAUGUUCCAUCUAUGAGGAAGUCCGCUCUGUGGAGCUCCAAGUCCAGCCCCAGGAUGUGUUUUCCAGAACAGCGGGAUGUCAUAACCAUGUCAUCUCUGGAGGUGUGUUGGCCAGUGCCGAUGCGAGCCAUUGGCGCACAGAACCUCCUCACUAUGCCCGGAGGAGUUUCCAUCGCAGGAUACCUCCACAAGAAGGGAGCCAGCCAAUUGAGUCUCUUGAGAUGGCCGUUGAGGUACAUCAUCAUCCACAAGGGCUGCGUGUACUACUUUAAAAGUAGUACGUCUCCUGCACCACAAGGAGCAUUCUCUCUUAAUGGUUACAACAGAGUGAUGAGAGCGGCAGAGGAGACGACGUCUAACAAUGUUUUUCCAUUUAAGAUGAUCCACUUCAGUAAAAAACACAGGACGUGGUUUUUCUCUGCAGCGAGUGAAGACGAGAGGCGGAGAUGGAUGCGAUCCUUGCGACGGGAGAUUGAUCAUUAUAAUGACAGAAAAGAGUCCCAGAUUCCGAGUGACUCCGAUUCGGAUGCAGACAGUUUCUACGGGACCAUCGAGAGGCCUUUGGAUAUCAAACACCCAAUCAAUAAUGAAGACGCUGAAUAUGGUGAGGAUGAUGAUGAGGACGACGCUGAGGCAGACUAUCUGAAGCCAGACGCUGACAGUUUCCCGGCAUGUAAAAGUAAACCAAGUCGACCCACCGGGCCUCCGCCUUCUUACCCGCCUCCUCCCGUUCCGAUGAUUCCUAGGCGGGAUCGAGGAUCCUGUUUAGACGUUCACAAGGACCUCCCACCUCCAGUCCCAUCCCACAACAGAUGCCAAAGUAGCGCAAACCUCAAAAAGACACCGACCUCGAUGGCGACUCCCAUUCUUAAGGACCCAAACAAGCUGCACAAUCGCUCUUCUCUUAUCCCUCCACCGCUUCCUCCACCCAAUUCACAGCGGCCCCUUAAAAGUAGGGUGCAGUCUGCGGUUGGGCCGGGGCCUGACAGGAGACCCCAGAGGCCUUCCUCCGCUGGUUCGCUCCAAUCCCCCACCAAUUUGCCCAUCUGCGACCAACUGGAAAACAGGAUGCUCAUUAGCGAUUUCGAUCAUUGCUCUCGUGAUGCCGGAAGUCUCCCGGUUCCUGGCAGCAACCACCUCACCAAGCCAAGCCGACCAGUGACCAACGCUGUGAAUUUUCAAGGCCCGCCCCCGAAACCUCGAAUGACUCAGGCACCCUGCGGCUACCCACCGGUACCCUGCCACCCACCUCGAUCUCCGCUUCUUCAAACUGGAUCGCGCAACCAGUGUCCAACACCUCCCCCAGUCAAACCUCCACUGCCUUUGACCAAGCCCAGGCAGCCGGGCACGCCCCUCCAAAGAGCAGCCCCAGAAGGUCAAAGUUUCCGUUUAUCGGGAGACAAGACUGCUACGGCGUUGAAGAAGAAACGAGACUUGAGCAAGUGCACUGAAGGCGACGCUUCCGAUGAGGACUACGAUGAUAUAUAUCUGCCAAAAUCUGUUUUCAUUGACUCGACGGAAACCAGCUUUGUAGAGAAAUUAUUUAAGGAGAGCUCCGUCGUGCUGCAAGAUGGUCUUUAUGGCAUCAGGAACUCUGGAACCAAAACCUCCAAGGUGCUGGUGGUAUGGGAUAUCAGCAUAGGCAAAGCCAGAAACUACCGGUUGUUUGAAGAGGCCGACCAGGUGUUUCUGGACUGCGACGUGACCUUCCCCACUCUUUCAACCCUGAUCGAACACUACUACAGCCAUCCUCUUCCUCACCAGGGCUCCCUUUGCCUGCAGAAGCCUUACUCCAAAUAAGCAUCACUUGAAGCAAAAGGGAGAGCUUGCAACGUUAAAAUGUCGACCAUAGCAAGGACACAAACCUGCCUUCAGUUCAGAAUCGAAUCGUUGCCAUCGAGAGCUAAAUAUCACUCUCCUCAGUUGGGGGUCACACAACUGGCUGGUCCUCACUCUAUAUUUAUAUUUACUGUCCAGUACAUGCAAAUGUAAAUAGGAAUGUCAUUUUCUACAACGUAAGAAAUUUUAAAUAAAACUGGGCCUGAUGUCGUCUUUUCUUUUGUAAAGAAGUUGUUGAAAUAAAGUCAAAAUUAUA